AUGGAUUGGAGUACAUGUCAACUCGAAACGCUCGUCAUGGACCGCUGUUCCAUGACCACCUACAUUGUGUGCUGGCUCCAAGAGGCGAUUCUGUCACUGUCACUGUUGAAAGAAUUGCAAUGGAGUCACAAAAAGAUCCGCGUACACGAAACAUUACCUCCCAUAACGGAUUUUGUGAUGCAGUUGUUGACGGAGCAUCGUCUCGACUACAUCCAUAAUGGUGGCUUUGACGACAACAUGAACACGAACCAAGUGGUGGCCCAUCUCCUGGCUGCUCGUAGUAGGAAUCAAACAAUAGCAACGACGGAAGCAGCCACUGUUGUCAAGUAUGAUCCAGAGACUGGUGGUUUGGCUCAUUUGGAAAUCAGCUAUCACGGUGCCUUGAACCGUUAUCGCAAGGAAUGA